CCAACUGAAAAAAAAUUUUUCACUUUAAAAAAUUUAUCAAAUUUAUUUCACUUUUACUUUUAAUCGUUAUACACUACAACAGUUAAAAUGGGUGCCUACAAAUAUUUAGAAGAAUUACAAAGAAAGAAGCAAUCUGAUGUUAUGCGUUUCUUAUUACGUGUCAGAUGUUGGGAAUACAGACAAAAGAAUGUUAUUCACAGAGCUUCAAGACCAUCAAGACCAGACAAGGCUAGAAGAUUAGGUUACAAGGCCAAACAAGGUUUUGUUAUCUACAGAGUCAGAGUCAGAAGAGGUGGUAGAAAGAGACCUGUUCCAAAGGGUGCUACUUACGGUAAACCAACCAACCAAGGUGUUAACCAAUUAAAAUACCAAAGAUCCUUAAGAUCUACUGCUGAAGAAAGAGUCGGUAGAAGAGCUGCUAAUUUAAGAGUCUUAAACUCUUACUGGAUUAAUCAAGAUUCUACUUACAAAUAUUUCGAAGUUAUCUUAAUCGACCCAUCCCACAAGGCUAUUAGAAGAGAUGCUAGAUACAACUGGAUCGCUAACCCAGUCCACAAACACAGAGAAUCCAGAGGUUUAACUUCCGCCGGAAAGAAAUCCAGAGGUAUCAACAAGGGUCACUUAUUCACCAACACCAAAGCUGGUCGUCGUCACACCUGGAAGAGACAAAACACUUUAUCUUUAUGGAGAUACAGAUCUUAGAUUUGAUUCGAAGAAGUUUAUUAUUAAGUUUCCACAAUCUAUUUUAAGAACCAUAUUUUCACUAAAGAGUUGGGUAAGUGUAUUUCUUUUUAUGUAAAGCUUUGAUUUAUGUAUCGAUAUUAUAUAUAGGUUUAUUACUUCAAUUUUUGAAAUUUUUUUAAAUAUACUUUUUCAAUUGGUGUUAAAAAUUUAAUUA